AUGGCCAGGUGCAGCGAAAAAGAGCUAGUAAAAGAAAUCAACGACGCCCUAUCCAUAGCCACGACAAUUACCGGCGACACACUCCAUGUCAUACCAGACGGCAUCUCUGUUGUUGGGGCACGUAAACUCGCCAAUGGUGGUGUAAUUUACACUGUCAACUCUGACGAAGCUGCAGCCUGGCUACGAGAGCCUGCAGCCUUGGAAAACAUAGCACAAGCAGCGGGCGACGGGACCAAUGUCAGCCUACAGCUGAACAGCGUGAUCGUGCCAUUUGCGCCCACAACGAUCGACAUCGAAAACGAGGAUACAUGGCGCAACAUCGAGACCAGCAGCGAACUUGCCACGGGGACGAUACGCAGUGUGCGAUUCCUCAAACCAGUAGAACACCACCAACAAGGACAACGAGAGGCACAUCUCGUAGUAGGCUUCGACUCACGAGAACAGGCAAACAGAGCGAUCCGAGCAGGAAUAAUCAUAGAGGGCAAAGAGCUCCAGGCAAAGAAGGAGUUGCCGGAUGCAUCCAGGUGCGUAAAGUGUUCAGUAUUACCUCGGGACCACGACGCAAAGACGUGCCCAAAUGCCACAAAAUGUGGGCGCUGUGCAGGUGGCCAUGCGACGAGAGACUGCACAGUCACAGACCGCAAAAAGUUCUACUGUGUGAACUGUAAAGUCACAGGCCACGGUGCCGUUGACCGUAACUCUUGCCCCUCCUUUCUUAGAGCUACAGAUGUUUUACGCAGUCGACAUCCCGAAUCCAAAUAUAAAUAUUUCAUUACUGAGGAUCCUGCUACGUGGAUGACCAAUGAUGUACAAAAAUGA